AUGAUUCUGGACUAUCCGCCUCCAACGUUGAUUAAUUAUGGUAAACAGCUCCCAGAGGGGGCUAAAGAAUAUGAUGUCAUGAAGGACCGGAUCGCCGGCAUACACAAUUUCCUCGACAGUACACGGCAUGUACAAGACAAUGAUUUCGUCCUGGUCGUUGAUGGAACGGACUUCUUCUUUCAAUUGCCCCCAGACGUGUUGAUCCAACGCUUUCAAACGCUUUUGAAGGAAAACAAUGUGAAAUUACAACAGAAAUACGGUCUUGUAACUGUGGAAAAAUCUUUUGAACAAGGCGCUCCGGAGACAGUGCGAAAGUAUACCCAGAGGGUCCUGUUUAGCGCCAGCAAAGAAUGCUGUCCCGGACUCUCCCACGAUGCAGGCUGUAUCGCAGUACCGGAGUCUAGCCUUCCUCCGGAUAUAUAUGGGUGGAAGACAGACCGCCACCAGGAAGGAGUCCUUACUCGACCGCGAUGGAUCAAACCAGGCGCAGUGAUCGGCCAGGUCGCAGAUCUCAAGGCGAUAUACGCCGAAAUACUACGCUUCGUUGAACGUAAUCGCAAUGCGCAAGGGGACUAUAUCGCUUUGACUCACUUAUUCGGGCGACAGGAAUACGUACGGGAACUGGAAAGGCGAAGAAUGUCUAGCCCUGUCAUGGAAUGGAUGUAUACACAGAUCGGUAUUUCUGAGGCCUCGAAUCUUACGGGGCUGAAUCCACGUCUUGAGACCGGUCACCGGUACGAGUACGGCAUUGGUGUUGACUAUGAAUCCCGCCUUUUCUUCAACAUGUGGAAUUCCAAGAAAGACGUGGAAUGGCUACAAUACAACAAUGUCUCCAAGACUUCAUCCGUCCAGAUGCAGCACGGUGUUCCACGAGAAAGGCGUCUCUUACUACCUGACGAUCUCAAUCCUGAAAAUCUCAGCAGUCCAUUUACUCAGCCCAAGUUCGGCAAAGAUGAGCCGCUUAACCCCCCUUACAAUGCCACGCUAGACGCGCUUCCAAACCCCCGUUUCCGUUCAUGGCAGAACCUCCCUCUGCUGACCAACAUUCACUCGGCCUCGGUUCCUGCCCUAGUACACCUGGAUGGAGACCCAACGCUGCGAGAUACGUGGUGGUCUAAGAUGUGGUACCACCCCUGGGCUCGUGCCCUUCUUCGCAAGUACAUGCGUACCCCAAGUGGUUUCGAAGCUGCGCAAUCGGCCUUACUGGGAGGCCAAGAGUGGUGGGACCUGCGGGGUGGCAAGGGAGGUAUCUGGACCGACAAAGGCGAGUGGAUUGAUUACAGCGAGGUCUGUAUGGGCUACGAACGUGACCUCUUCAACGAUGGGUUUGGAAAGUGGGGGAAGGAGAACGGAGACUCCGAUGAGCCGGUCUACAACCAAUUUGGCCAGUUGAUCAAGGGAAAGGAAGAUUGA